GCGGCUCUGUAUGACGGCGCGCUAGCUUUAAAAGCCCCCUUGUUUCUUCGAGGGUACAGAGAGAUUCUUCGCAGAGGGAACUGCUCACUGCGACGCCGCUUUCGUGAGAGAGCGAGCCUGUCGCAGUCUCUUUUUGGCCGUCAACAACGCCUCCUCCGCGACUAGCUUGUUUUUUGCAUGUCCUUUUCGCACAGUCACACCCGAAAAGGUAGGACUACCGGAGCGCGAACGCCCUGCGUUUCGGUGUGUAGCGUAUUCUUUGUAGGGUUGUUUCGAAGACCGCUCGCUGUCGUCUACGUCUGACAGCAUCGAGCGUCGGUCUGAAUUCCCCACGCAUCAUUGCCAAGCCGACCGAUCUCGUCCUGAGGAACCUCCGGUCAGUUGAGUAGGGGCGUUCAGCGAUGGCAUCUUGUCCGUUGUCCGUGAUCCUGGUCUGUGCCUGCGCGACAUUGGCGGGCGAAUUUGCGGCGGGGCGGCAGAUCGAGGUGACGCCUGACGAUGAAAGAGCACCACUGCACGACAUUCUCUUCCGUCAGAAUUCCGCGCCAGCGCCCCGACAAUAUGGUCCGAUUCAGAGGUUUGGCGUUGAUCAUCACUGCGUCCACAACAGCGACUGCGCAUCGGAUCUGUGCUGCCGCGUGGACAACGUCAACGUGCGCACGUGCCAGCCCCGGUCCAAGACCGGGGAAAACUGCGUGCCGGAUGUUCCAUACAGUGGACAUUACAACUAUUACUGCCCCUGCCUAAAAGGAUUUUGCAUGGACGUCACUGCGGACUAUGGAAUAUGCAGAGUUAAUCUCAGCCAGGGUUAACGCCCCGUCACGACAGGAACCCAGCAGAGGCCACAGACUUCCGAGCCCUAGAGGAACGCAGCCGUUGGAAGCGCUGAAUGCUAAUUGGACGCUGGAAGCUUCCAAUUAUGCAAUUAGAUUUAUUUAUUGUAUUCAAAUAGAUUUAUUUUUUGCAUUUUUGUACCAAAAGCUCCAGCGAACAAUAAGAAUAUCUCUCAUAUGCCAG